GUAGGUACUAUGUGGUAGCUCUUUGAUAUUCUAGGCAAUUAGGGUAGUAAACAUGGGUUCCAGCACCCGUGAGAAGGGGCAACCCACAUCUUUACACCUCCCCUCGAAAGAAGGGCAUGGAAAUAAGAGUCGUGUGCGGCAAAGACUACAUCUCCCGCCGGGCUUUGCGGCGCAGCAGUGCCUCCUUACCCAGAGCCGCAACCGCGCGUCCUUCCGCCGAGGCCCCGGAUGUAGAUGAUCUCCUUGCUUGGAGGGCGUGGCCUCCCCGUGGCGCUGAGACCUGGGGCUCUCUUAUUGGCUGUGGGCCUUCCAGCUGGAUUGGCCGCGAAGGAGGGGGCGUUGGCCAAGGCGCGCGGCGCUCUGGCGACACCCAAUCAGAAGCCUGGUCGGGCCUUGGCGGGAGGCGGGAAAGCUGCGGCUGUGGAGAUUUGGCGCGAGCGCGUCUGGGCUUUGCCGCUGCGGGUGUGUGGUUUGCUUAGGAGCUUGUCGUGGAGAAUCCCUGAAGCCGUGUGCGAGAGACAGGAAGCAGCCCGCCGAGCUGUGUUGCCAUCAUGCCUCAAACCCGAUCCCAGUCACAGGCUACAAUCAGUUUUCCAAAAAAGAAGCUGUCUCGGACAUUGGACAAAGCUAAAAACUCUAGUGACACCAAGGUAGCACUGACAAAUGUCCAGGCCACACCCCGUCCUCCUUGUGUAAAAAUUCUGCCUCUCAGCCCCAGAAAACGUCUGGGUGAUGACAACCUGUGCAACACUCCCCACUUACCUCCCUGUUCUCCACCAAAGCAAGGCAAGAAAGAGAAUGGUCCCCCUCGCUCACAUGUACCUAAGGGGCGCAGAUUGGUAUUUGACAAUCAGCUGACAAUUAAGUCUCCUAGCAAAAGAGAACAAGCCAGAGGUCGCCAAAACAAAAUUCAUUCCUCAGUUCAAAAAGGUCAAGACAUCACAACAAAUUCUGAGCAGAGAUGUCCACUGGAGAAAGAGUCUGCAUGUGUAAGACUGUUCAAGCAAGAAGGUACUUGCUACCAGCAAGCAAAGCUGGUCCUGAAUACGGCUGUCCCAGAUCGGCUACCUGCCAGGGAAAAGGAGAUGAACGUCAUCAGAAAUUUCCUGAGAGAGCACAUCUGUGGGAAAAAAGCUGGAAGUCUUUAUCUUUCUGGUGCUCCUGGGACUGGAAAAACUGCCUGCUUAAGCCGAAUUCUGCAAGACCUCAAGAAGGAAUUAAAAGGCUUUAAAACUAUCAUGCUGAAUUGCAUGUCCUUGAGGAGUGCCCAGGCUGUAUUCCCAGCUAUUGCUCAGGAGAUUUGUCAGGAAGGAGUAUCCAGGCCAGCUGGGAAGGACAUGAUGAGAAAACUAGAAAACCAUAUGACUGCGGAAAAGGGCCCCAUGAUUGUGUUGGUGUUGGAUGAGAUGGAUCAGCUGGACAGCAAAGGGCAAGAUGUAUUGUACACACUGUUUGAAUGGCCAUGGCUAAGCAAUUCUCGAUUGGUGCUGAUUGGUAUUGCUAAUACCCUGGAUCUCACAGACAGAAUUCUGCCCAGGCUUCAAGCUAGAGAAAAAUGUAAGCCACGGCUGUUGAACUUCCCACCUUAUACCAAAAAUCAGAUAGCCACUAUCUUGCAAGAUCGACUUAAUCAGGUAUCUAGAGAUUGGGUUGUGGACGAUGCUGCAAUUCAAUUCUGUGCCCGAAAAGUCUCUGCUGUUUCAGGAGAUGUUCGCAAAGCGCUAGAUGUUUGCAGGAGAGCUAUUGAAAUUGUAGAGUCGGAUGUCAAAAGCCAGACUAUCCUCAAACCACUGUCUGAAUGUAAAUCGCCCUCUGAGUCACUGGUUCCCAAGCAAGUUGGUCUUGUUCACAUAUCCCAAGUCAUUUCAGAAGUUGAUGGUAGCAGAAUGACUUUGAGCCGAGAAGGAGCACAAGACUCCUUCCCUCUUCAGCAGAAGAUCUUGGUCUGCUCUUUGUUGCUCUUGACCAGGCAGUUGAAGAUUAAGGAGGUCACUCUGGGGAAGUUAUAUGAAGCCUAUAGCAACGUCUGUCGCAAACAGCAGGUGGCAGCUGUGGACCAGUCAGAGUGUUUAUCACUUUCAGGGCUCUUGGAGGCCAGGGGCAUUUUAGGAUUAAAGAAAAACAAGGAAACCCGCUUCACAAAGGUGUCUUUGAAGAUUGAAGAGAAGGAAAUAGAGCGUGCUCUGAAAGACAAAGCUUUAAUUGGAAAUAUCUUAGCUAUUGGAUUGCCUUAAAUUCUUUUAUACUAAUGCCCCAUCUGAAAGCAUCCAGCUGGCAUUUAGAAAGCUGUGGAGUCUUCAUUUUAGUGCUUUAUACACUCAGGUCUGAAAACAAAUAUGAUCUUUUUUACAUGAAACUGGUAAAUUUUAAUCUAUAGAUUCAUGAAUAUUAGCACAGCAUAAUAUGUUUGGGUCUUAUUAUUUUUAUGCAUUAAAAAUUACUGAGUAGACCCUUUUUAAUUACAUUCACUACUUCUACCACUUCAGUGUCGCUAACCAAUAUGCUUGUAAGUAUACAGAUUAUUUUGUACAAUGUGCAUAUGUUUACCUCUUAGUUUCCUCAAACACUGGUGUAUUUUAAAGAAGUUUGAGGCUAGAGUAAGAAGAAUGAAAAAGGAUGACAGGAAAAUAAGCAAGUCCACAUGGAGAUUUGGAGGACACUUUGGUCAAAGAAUUUCUUUCUUUUUGGAGUAUACUGUGUUCAUGUUUCACUUACUUCCACAUUGUGACAUUUUAAAGACUACUUCAGUUUCUUGGGUACUCCCAAAGUUGUGGGGGUGAUAAGGAGAAUGUAAUUCUUCAGAUUGUGAAUAUAUUUAUUUUUAAGUUG